AUGGCGGUCGAUCUGCCCACCAACGUGGAUGAUACGCACAUCAACUCCUCGGGAAACUACGCUCAACCACUAGAAACCGUUCCCACCGAUAUGACCUGCUACAUUCUCCGCACAAGUAUUUCCGUAAUAUUCCGCGGUGUCGACGACGCCGCCACAGAUUCCAGUUACAUCAGAGAAGAGCUCCCCUACGACCUCGUCCUAACAUUCGACAAAAGGCUCUACGGACUUAUAAAUGAUGCGCCUGCCUGUUUUCAAAUGUGUCCAAGAGCCGAGCACAAAGCAAAUCUCCAGACCCCCGCCUCUACUGCCUCAUCGCGAAUUCCUUUAAUAAUCUCUAUCACCCUUACCUUGCACGCGGAGCACGCGAUCCUAAAUACUCAUGUAGCCGGAUCAGAUGAGGCAGUCGUUGAAAGGAUUGUAUUACGCCCGGAAGGAAUAUUCUGGCCCCAAGGCAAUACCCAGGAUUCACCAGGGAGAUGUUGGGGCUCCUGUGGCGUCUUCGAAUCUUCAGCAGCAUGGCAGCAGCAACAACGGCACCGCUUUCAUGCAGCGCAAUGCUCUGAACAGUUUUCACAGUAUAAUUGGACGGGUAUGGAUUUUACAACGCUGGAGAAUAUGGAUUUUGAUGUGGAUCUAGAUGAGAGUUAG